GAAAAAUUAGUGGCAUAUUUGGAUUUAUCAGCAAAAAUUAUAUGACAUAGGAAAUUUAGCUUACCAAAAGAUUAUUAGAACAGGAUUUAUUGUAAUUUAAAGUUUUUAAAUUUUAUAAGAAUAUCUAACUGCAAUGAAAAAUUUUCAAUGUGGUUAAUUUGUGUGGUCAUUUCUUCAUAGAACAUCAAAAGUUUGGCUACUAAUAUAGCCUAAAUUGUUUCAGGUGUGUGAUUAAUCACACACUUGGAAAACAAAUAUUGAGUUUUCAAAACCAACCUAUAAAAUCCAAUUUGCAGCGUGCAAUGACAGCCUUCGAAAUAGUUUUUGAGGACUCUGCAAAAAAAAAAUGUCUGCCACAUUUCCAGUUUGGUCGGACAUGUCUGUAGCUCGUGUCGAACUUUCGUUGGACAAAACGUCCGAUAGAUUUCCAUCUUAGUCGGACACUUUCAGAUCUCAGAAUUAUUGAAUAGUCCUUUUAAUCCACCAGCAAGCCUAUUCAUAGCCAACCUGACCAUUGUUGCUAAUUCACUGACUUAGUUAAAAGAACUACACAGACAUAACUCUCUAUUGCCUGGCCCCUUCGUCGUUGGUAACCAGGUCUUACAUAAGAAAUCCAGCCAUGCUGUUCUUAACUAAUGCGGAGGUAAACGCCGACAGAGCACGGAUAAAGCAAGUCUGCAAAGCUGCACUUACAGGUGGAACAGACAUUUUUAUCAUGGAUUUAAUUGUAAAUAAUUUCCUCAUUUGACAAAACAUUUGGACAUAGCAGGUUCAAAUUUAAUAAUUUUUUUCUAUAUGCAGUAAGUGUUAUUUUUAUUCAAACAAUGUUAAAAACGAAACCCAACUGCGGUAUUUUUUUUUCUAUAUAAAUUUUGUUAAAAUGUAGCUGAACUUUCUGAAUGAAUUUUGAAGUUUUAUUUAAGCCAUGUGGAUAAGAUUUUUUUUUAAUUUGAAAACAAAGCAUAUUUUUGCCUAUUCGCUUGUGAUGGUACCUGCAAAAUGAAUAAUAAAAUUAUGAAAAUGGCAGUAUAGUCAUGCAUACUAUUUCGGUCAUGUAGAAAAGGAAGUUAGGAAUGAGAGAAUCACUAUACGUAGAUGUUUGAUCAUCGUGUUUGGGGUUCACGAUUCAAACGUCCCCCACUUUUCUACAGCAAAAUGAAGGCGCUGUAUUGCACGCGUAACAUCCUUUGCACGUCUGUUUUACAUCGCACAGGUUACAUGAUUUACACGUGCGAAUCAUCUUACACCUACUCAAAAAGACUGCUAAUAGAGGCAGUUGUAUUUCUUGCAUAAACUUGAAAAUUUGCAUGUUCCCAUAAAUUUUGAUGCUGAAUUUAAAUAUGUUAUUCAUGUUUGUUAAAAAUGAUUAGAAAAUUUCAAGAAUGUCAACCCAGAUCCGAGAAUUUUAGUUUGCAAAAUGGUCCGACUUUCCACAAUGUAGAAUGUAUAGGAUCAUGUGCUUUUGACGAAUGGUUGAAAAGACAUAGAUGGCUUUCAAAGUUUGCAUUUGACAGGCUUCUUACUCAUGUGCAAAAAAAAUUUAAAAAAAUGACAGACAAACGAAAUGCAGACUUUUACCCUUUUUUGAAUGUUUACAAUUUUCGCGGUAAGCCCUUUUAGCAUUAAGAAUUGCGUGGCAGGCAAAAGGAUGUGGGCACUUGGUGAAGUGAGGUCCUUUUUAUUCUGUUUCUUCGCACAAAGGUAUCAUUACGACUUUAUAUGAAUAUAUAUGUUAAUCAGAUGUUUUUCAUCUACACUCAAUAAUAUAGUUUGAAAAAGAAAUGGGCUGAAAAAGACCUUUUUUCAGCAAUCUCCUGCAUCUUUUUUGUAUAAGGGUUUAAAGUUGUCACUGAAGACCCAUAAAUUAACACAAAAUUUCUAUUUUUAGAAAUUUGUUUGCUUGUUGUCUCUAUUGUGCAAAGUUUAAAGCUGUGAUUAAGAAAAGGUAUAGGAUUGUGCGCUUUUGACAAACGGUUGGAGAGAUUUAGGAUUUAAAUUUUUUCUGAUAACCCAGCUUUAGGAAAUUGGUCAACCCAUUUCCAAAUUAUUUGGCCAUAAACUUGUAAGUCCAUUGCAAAUGCUUCAAUAACGAUAAUAACAGAAUUGAUGUCAAACUAAUCUAUAUUACCAUCAAGAAAGAACUAAUUUGUUAAGUAUUUUUGCGAUUUGAUGGUUUUUUGAUAAUAUUAUCAAUCCAUUGUCCCUGCUUUAGGGAAUUGCUUUAGGUGGUAAAGAUAACUGACGUCACCACCCUGUUUUUAAGUUAUCCCACCUCAAAUAAUAAGUACAUUGUCAUGGCUUUAUUAAUUUAAAUUAAGCUACAAUGUUAAAUUAAUUUUAUUGGCAUUACAAGGUUUGACUUGUCGACCAAAAACUGAGACAUGCAUUUUUCUGCAACUUAAGAAAAACAUACAGAUCCACUUUGCCUGUUAUGCUAUUACUAUAUUAUUAAAAACUAGUCGAUAAGGCCCAUGGAGAAAUCCACUUAGGCAGAAGGACAAUGGAAAAAUAGAUUGUUUUAGAUUUUUUGCUGACGUCAGCAGUGCAAUUACAAAAAUUUUUAGCGAAAUUUAGUUUAUUCUUUGCCUUUACUGUGCAGAGGUUUAAACGCUGACCAAGAAAAUGUAUAUGAUCAUGUCUUUUUGAUAAGCGGUUAAUGAGAUAUAAGGGUUUUAAAAUUUUGCUGACGUCAGCAAUGGCCAGUCAAACCCCCAAAAAUUUUUUUUAGAAAUUUGUAUACCUGCUGCCUUCAUUGUAUAGAUCCUGAAACGCUGAUCAAGAAAAUGUAUAGGAUCGCGUAUUUUUGACAAACGGUUGCCGUGAUAUUAGGGUUUGAAGGUUUUUUGGUGAUGUCAUCAACCCGUCCAUUCCGAAACGGGUUCGGGGACCCAGGUUUGGGAAACUUACCCAAAUUGGUCCUAAGUGAUCCGUAGUUACCUACGCGGGAGAUGACGUCAGUUAUUUCCACCCGUUUCCAAGUUAUUUAGCCUUAAAUUUAAAAGUGCAAUGCAAUGGCUUCACUAAUCUUAAUAUACUUUCUUUGACGUCAAUAUUGCUUUAACGUCAAAGUUUGGUAAUUUACAGAACAAAUUUAUAAACGAUGUUUUAUAGACUUUAUCAAAGAAAUUUUAUCCACUUUGCAAAAGUGACAGACAGACAGAACUGGCUUAUUAUUAUAUAGAUGAGACUUGUUGACGCGCCCAUGGAAAAAUCCACUUGGAAGAAGAACAUUAAAAAAAAAAAUUUGUUUAGCGAUUGCUUGAAUUUUGCAUACUUUAAGCGCUAAUCAAGAAAAUUUAUUGGAUUAUAUAUGUGCUUUCAAGGAACAGUUGAGGAGAUAUUCAAGGUUUUUUGAUGACUGUGUUUGAAAAAUUAGAUAGAUAGAUUCCUACAUGCUGGAGUUGAUGUCAGUUAUUAUCACCCAUUUUAAAGUUGUCUGGCCUUGAACUUUAAAGUGCAAUGCAAAAUGGCUGCACUAAGUUACUGAUGUCAAUCAAACAACAUUAAUAAAUUAGACAUAUUAGAUAUCUUUUUUAGUGACUUAAAUAUGAAAAUGUCCACUUUGGGUGUUAUGGACAGACCAAGCAUAUCAUUUAGAAUUAGUCUAUAGGCUUGUGGAAAAAUCCAAUUAGACAGAAGAACAAUUUAAACAAACUGUCUUUUGUAUUUUGAUGACAUCAGCAAUGACCCAUCCAUGUCAAAAGAAUGAGGGAGAAGUUUGUUUAGUUGCUACCUCAGAAAAUCUACACACCAUCAACUGUUAUAAAUGACUACAGAUGCCUCGAUCUUUUAAAAAGAAUUCAGUGAGGAGAGUUCAUUCAUCAGAAAAUCAAUAUGUGGCAUUUCCACAGCAUGUUGGCAGGCACUGUUCUUCUCAAGAUUCUAUUCAUGACGUCCUGAUAGACUCUUCGUUAGAACAAUAUUCAAGAAAUGUUGAGUUCCUACAUGGUAAACUUUCUUCUUCAGGUGAACGUAAUUUAGCUCAAAGUCAGCAAUGUAGGUAUAGAAAUCAAGGAGUAAUUUGUGACACGAAAGAGCUUCCUUUACAUGAGAAUAACACACCUCAGAGAAAAAUUGAAAUUUCUUCCAGACAUGAACCCCCAUUAAAGCCUUUUGCUCAAUUGCCUGCUGAAAAAAAUUCUGUUGCUGUUGACCCAAGGCUAAAGAAAUCUUUUGCACGUAAUGCAGCUCUGUUGAAAGAAAAAAUGGCCAGAUUAAGUAAAUUGAAAGAGACAGAUGAUCACAAGGCUUUGAUUUCUUCACUUGGAAAUAAUAUCCAAAAAAGUAAUAAAAAUACUCUGCUUGUAACCGCAAAUCCAUCAAGUAAAGCUGAAGCAGUCAAGAGCGUCUUUUUGUCCUCUGAUGAUCAAGAAAAUGUACUCCCCCCAAAAAAAUUGCUGACAAAACCAACUAAAUUCCAGAACAGUAAUGAAAAAUUGCUGCAUCCAGUUGGAAUUCAUGAACAUGCAGGAUCCCACCACAAGUCUUCCAGCAAAUCUUCAGAUGAGAGGAACAUAAGUUACGAGAGGCAAAAUAAAAGAUUUAAAAGCAAAAGAGUGAAAAGAAGCUUGGCAGGUGAAGAAUCAUGUUGUGGAAACCCAGUGUUUUCUUUUGCAAGUAUUGACCUGACUCGAGAUAAUAAAGAAAAUACCAGUGAACAAGAUGAGGUCUAUGGUUCGUGUGUCAAUGAGUUGAAGUUCCAUAAAGACUUUUGUGUGAAGCAAAAUAAUCAAACUUCAAUGGCAGAAUGUUCAUCAGGUGGCCAUGUACCAUCAUAUUUAGGAAAGGCCCAUAUAGAUUUGCACCAAACCGAAGGUUAUCAAUCUUCAAUGGCUGGAGUACUUCAGUUAAAUUUUGGCUUCAAUGGGAGGGGUGACAUAUUUGGCAAUAAUGGUGAACAUGUAUCUAUCAUAGAUGAUUGUAGAGGCCAGAAUGUCAUUCAAGGCAAAUCUUCCUUCAACAGUAAAGAAACUAUGCAAGAUGAUUUAAGAAGCUUUAUUUUACCUGUGACAUCAUCCCAAAUACAUGGUAACUUUGAAAGGGAAUUUGUUAAUCAAGACAAAAUUGAGGCAAAUAACAGUGUGCAUACAAGCACUGAAGGAGUAGGGUUUAAAAGUUUAGUAAGAAGACAAAGUGGAAGCAGUUUAAGGGAAAUAUCAAAUACCUCAUUAGAAUGUGACAAGGAGAACUUUAAAUCGUUUAUCUUGAGUAGUGAUAAUGAUAGUACAUUUGAAAGUGAAGAAUAUAACUCAAGUACAGAUUCUGUUUUAAUGGAGAUAAGAAAAAUAAGGUAUGACAUCAAAACAAACAAAAAAUAUUGUAACACAAAUACAGCACACAUAGAUAUUACAAGAAGAAACUAUCAACAAGAACAAAUUUGUGGAAAUGAUGAUGGGAGUAAAUUGCUAGAGGAGAAAUCCAGCAUGGACAUUAAAGAGGCUGGCUGUGCCACCACAUCUGAGCUUUUCCCAACUGGUUUGCCAGAUUGGUCUUUUCAACGUCGCAAAAGGUGCAAACAAGCAUCAAUAUCCCAUUCACCUAAGAGAAGGUGUAAAGGUUUAGAACACAACGAAGACAGGUUAUUACUAAAGAAAUCGUCCACCUUUGAGCAUUCUAAGGUAUCCCCAUUAGGGAUUUCCUGUAAUGAAAAACAAAACAAACACAGCAGAACUGAAAUUGCUAAUCAUAGUGAAUGUCCUGCAGAUUUAGACCUGGAAAAAAGUGAAGCCCUAAGUCUUGAUAGUCAACGCCAUCGAUCCAUGUAUGAUUCUACGAUAAAUAAAAACGAAUUAUAUUUUAGGUGUGAUAGGAGAGGUGGUGCAAGUAGUCAGAAGGGUGUUGGUGAGAGUCUCAAAUUUGUAAGAUCAAGAAAAUCAUGCAACACAGAAAUAGUUGAACUACUAGAUAGUGAUGAUGGAGAGACACAUGUUGGCAAUGUUGACUUAACUGAGCAAGAUGAUGAUGAUUCAUCUGUUGUAUCCUGUUUAGUGGAGAAUGACGAUCUUACCUUAAAAGCUAAUAGCAAUGGCUUUUCCAGUGUACCACUACCCAAGUUUAGCACUUUUGAACAGCUUGGACGAAAAUGGAUUAAAAGAAAUCAACCUGAUGAGAUAAAAAAUAAUAUACUGUUACAUUUCCAGUUCACCAUAGUGUCAUACGCAAUUCUGACAGAUUCGUCACUAAGAACGAACUUGUCACGAUAUAAAAAAAGAACAGCAGAAAAGCAGGAGUGGGUAUUGGAUUGGGAAUAUCGGAGAGAAAAUCUUUUGCAUGAACUGUUGUUUAGUGGUGCUGAUAUCCUCUGUCUACAAGAAGUUGAGAAAGAACAUUUUGAGACAUGGUUUAAACCUAAAUUAUCAUUGUUUGGUUACGAUGCAAUUUUCACCAAACGACACGACACUCUUGAUGAUGGCUGUGCUACAUUCUACAAAAUGGAUGCAUUUCAAUUGAUCACCACGUGCUCCAUAAGCUACUACAAUCAAGUCAACGUUGCCUCGCUUAAUAAAAACAACGUUGGAUUAAUAAUAGUGUUGCAACCUCUGAAACAACCUUUAACCAAUACUUCACCAAUCUGUAUUACAAACACUUAUUUCGCUUCUCAUAAGUUCUCAAAUCAAGCAAGAAUUUUACAAAGUGCAAUGUUGUUUGCAGAAAUUGAUCGUAUGGCCCAAUCACAACUAUAUGAGUAUGCAUCACGUGACUCUCCCUACAUUCCGACAAUUAUUUGUGGAGACUUCAAUUUUAAACCAUUUGAUUCAAACUAUGACUUUUUUGUCAACGGUAGGUUAGAUUUUUUGCCAGCAAACCUCAAGUGUUUAUUUCACAACAAACCUCGAAGUGCAAGCUCUUCACCUAACCUAAAUAUUAACAAAAAUUGUUGUUUCCUCGCAUACAAUACCACUGGCACAAACCGUAUUCUACAUGGUAGCGAAAAUUUGAAAACACCUGGUACUGGCACUGAAAUUAAGAAGAAUAAACGUAGGAGUUCCACAACGAAGAGCAAACCUAUUAACUUGGAUGAAAACAACAACACAAUUUUGGCUCCUAUCUCGGAAUUUACAAUUGAAGAAGGAGAGUUUGAACAACUAAGUGAUUUUAAAAGUCAAGAUUCAGCGACAGAGUCCAACACUGAUUCCUCUGUCGUGUGUGUGACUCCCACGAAACAAGUGGAGCCUGCAAACCAUUUGUCAUUAUGUCAUAGUUUAAUCUUAAAAAGUGCUUAUCGCCAUUACAAUGUUGACCGAGAUAAAGAAGUCACGUCCUUUAGCGAAGAUGGCUUUGUGAAUGUUGAUUAUAUAUUCUAUACUCCUUCCCAAGAGAGACUGUGGAUGGCGGGAGUUUUAGAAUUACCAUCGGUAAAUACCACCCAGGAAGCAUUGCCCAAUCAAAAUUUGUCUUCAGACCACUUUCUGUUGCUUACGUCUUUCAUACUGAGGUAAAUUUUAAUGUAGUGACGCUGUUGACAACUAUGUACAGGUAAGUAUAGUAAGGUUAUCUAGGAGGGAUAUAUAUAGUUGACUCUCCUUCUCAAACUCACAAGGGGCCGGAAAAUUUAAUUUUAAAAGAAAAUUUCAGUUAGAGAAAUAAAGUAGGGAGGAAAGGAGGCAAGGGCCCAAAAUAUUUGUUCAAGAUGUGGAUAUAUUCACGUCAGAGAAUGUUUGAGAACGUACACAUUUUUGUAGAGAAUCUUAUUUAUCCCUCUUGUAUCAUGUAACAACAUUUCAUAACGAUGGUGACAUGGUGCUGGUACGAAAACCUCAUUUUCAAGCACUUAGUUAAAAAUUUAAAAAUAUUGACAUGUAAGUACUUUAUAGACCCCUUUCUCCUACUGGUACGGACCGUGCCUUUUUUUAUCAAUAGAUGAUUUAAAAAAUCACCGAAAAUUUAAAUCAUUGAAGAAAUGAAAGCGUCGAGUGUUAGCAUGGAGGUAUUUUACUAAUAUGUUCUACAUGCUAAUUUCUCCAAUCUAAUUACUUUGAACAGCCAACGCUUGAUAGGCACUUUUUAAUGGUGAAUGUUAUAAAAUUCCCAAAUUGUGUCCAGAGGGUGAAAAAUCAAUUGUUUAUAAGGUAUUGUUAGUUUAUAAUAUUUUUUACGAAAUUACAGAAUAAAUUCUUAGUGAUAUUGUUAUUGCUUCCUGCACGUGUUUGUUUAUUUUGUUUUUGUUUUUUUUGUUUUGCUGUUGUUGUGUAUGCACUGUAUGUAGAUUGCAUUUCAUGUACGAAUUAGAUAUAUAUUUAGAGGUAUAUAUUUAUUUAUAUUUAGAUCAAUUUUUUUUGCUGUUGUAGAAUUUUUAUACGUUUAUAAAGGUUGAAGUAUUUUGUAACGUUUUUUACUCUUUUAAAGAGGUUUUUUUUAUAAUGUUUUUUAACGUUUUUUUUCUCUGUCCCUCCAGUUAUACGUGUAAAAUUUCAAAUUGUAAACUGUUUAUUUGAUUUUUUGUCAUGUGUGAUGUUCAGUGGCUUUUCUGUUUUACCGAUGUGAAUUACGUUAGCUUAUUGUGUAAUAAGGUUUCUUAAAUUUGGAACGAAGAAAGGACUCCCUUGCAACAGUAAAAAAAUUAAAGUUAAUUUUUUGGAAAUUUGAAGUCAAUCUAUAGUUUUCUUACAAAUGUUCUUCCUUAGAAUUUUUUUCAAUUUUUUUUUUCAAAUUGUCUAACAUUUUGUUUUUUUAUUUAUAUAUGCAUUAAUUGAGUCUUUAUUUAUGGUAGGUAUGGUAUUGUCGAAUCGUCUAGUGAAGUUUGAAAGAAUUAAAUUUUUGGUCCUUGAA